AUGUGCAUUGAUAUAUUGCGAAACUUGCUUGCAUUAGAAUAUAAGGACAAAGCAGACAUGCAUUUAGCUACCGUAAAUGCUGUUCAAGAAACAGAUGGAUCCUUUUUUGAAAGUUUCACCGCAUUAUCCUGGAAACAGGAGAAUCGGAGACUCGUUGUCCUUCAGGAAGUGGAAGCAAGAGCGAAGGAACCGCCACCGCCGUCCAGAGAUUCAAAUUUAACUUCGCAACCAUAUCGGCUUAGCAAAAAAGAGAUGGAGCAAUUAUACAUAGAGGUUCUUUACACGAUUGCAAACACUGUAGGCGCCAGUACAGGACAAUACGCGCAUUACAAGGAAGAUCUUUAUCGAUACGCCCAAGAAGCCUUCGGAGUCCCACAGGAUCAGCACCGACGAUAUCUCAAUAUUGCCUCGGAAGAAAAGCCACCUAUUGUUGUGCUAAGCGUGGUGGUGAUCGAAGCUGAUGGACUCGAGGCAAAGGACGUCAAUGGAUUUAGCGAUCCUUACUGCAUGCUGGGAAUACAGCCCGGCAACCCAGGUGCACCAUUGAGUCCACAAACGAAUUUAACGGCGCAUUCGCCGCAUACACCCCCAGCAUCCCCGAGGCAAGCAAUUCGCGCCCUUUCCGAUGGCGUCGACAUCGAGAACUCCCAUCAUGAGAAGCUUCGAAAGCAUCACAGUUUCAGGCUUUCAUUUAAGCGCAAGGAGCACAGCAGCAGGCGGGAACACCGUGAGUCCUUGAGCGGUGCUCUACCCGCGAAGUUUAUACGAGCUACCUCCGUGAAGCCGCAUACGUUGAGUCCGCGUUGGAACGAGAAGUUCCGUUUCGACAUUGAUGACAUCAAUACAGACAUUCUUCAUCUGGACAUAUG